GCACUAAGACGCCCUGCCACCUCGGAAUCCGUAGUGCGGCUUUCCUCUAAGUAGAGGAGUGAUUUAACGUUUCUCCGUGCGGCUGUUUCAGAUCGUCGUGCCAUCCGAGCGGGUGACAUCAGCAUCCUGCUUUCUCUCUGAUAUUUUGGAUAUUGACUUUUUUUUUUGUUGUUGUUGUUGUUGUCGUUGUUAUUUCAACUGGAAGGUGUAAUAGCUUGUAAUAGGUUUUUACUUUAUUUUGUGGGGGGGGGGGGGUUUCUGCAGGAUUUUUUUGGGAUACUUCAAAGUUUGAAUCUCUUUAAAGUGGAAAUUGUUUGACGAUGUAAGUAUUUGAUACAUACUUUCAUCAGAUCACGUCGUGGUUUACUAGAUUAAAACGUAACUUGCCACAUUGGCUUCGGAUUCCAAAUGGUGUAGGGGAACCUCAUUUUUUUGCGCCUGGAUGCAAUGAAGCAGACGGUCGCGUUGGCGGAGAUGCUCGUUUCCAAGGACUGCACUCGGGAAAGGAGAGAACUUGAAGUACGGGCGAGAGAACGGAUGGAGGGAGAAGUGGAUCGCGGGCGAACACGGGAGAGGCUGGAAGCGACCCUUGCGGGACUAGGUGAACUGGAAUAUCUGAGGCAGAGACAGGAGCUGCUGGUCCGAACUGUUCUGAACUUCCAAGAGAGUGUCAGCAGAACUGUGGGGGAAGAUAAAGUAUAUGUUUCUCUCGAGGACAGUUACCUGAACAAUGAGGAGAAACUUUUGGAAGAAAACAUUUUAUUACUGAGGAAACAGCUGAACUGCUUACGCAGGCGAGAUGCUGGUUUGAUCAGUCAGCUCCAGGAGCUGGACAGACAGAUCAGCGACCUGCGUCUGGACACAGAGGCCUCGCACGAGCACGUGGAGACGGACAGCAGGCCCAGCUCAGGUUUUUAUGAUUUAAGUGAUGGCGCUUCAGGCUCUCUCUCAAAUUCCUCCAACUCUGUCUUCAGUGAGUGUUUGUCCAGCUGUCGUUCCAGCACCUGCCUGUGUACCCCUCUUGACACCUCUCUCUGUGUGUCUGAAGGAAGGCCCAAGUCUGCAGAUGAGCUUGGUGUGUGUGCAGAGUGUGAAGGACACUGUGAGGACUCAAAUUCUGGAACAGUCCGCAGGUCCCUGUCUGCCCCCUAUUCUCCUUCUCCAGAUGGAUCCUAUGACAGUUUGUCAAAGUACCACUGUGAUCUGCUAGCUAAAAAUGGUAAUGAUGUGUACCGCUACCCAAGCCCUCUCCAUGCAGUGGCUGUGCAAAGUCCCAUCUUCUUCCAAUCCAUAGCCAGCCACCUGAAGGAGGAGGGUGGUUUCUCUAAGUCUGGAGAAGCACCCAGUGAAAGUCAAAAACUUGAGCAACCCCUUGUGCCCCAGAGUACCUCUUGGCAUACCUCUCAAGCUUCCACCAACAAAAGACUGGACAGUUAUAUUUUUGGGCUGCUUCAGAGGAGAGUACAGCCAGUAAGGACCAAUAAACCCCGAACAAGCAUAAACACAGACCCUUCCAAGAGUGUCUUACGGCAGGGCAGCAUCUGUGUACGGCCCUCUGCUUCAGUACACGCCCAGCCAUGGGGUAAUGAGCUCAAGCCUAACUGGCAGACCAGUCUGCAACCAGCAGCUGCCCCUAGCACUGAGACUAGUACUAUGUCACCUCAAAGACAGUGGUCUGUUGAGAACAAGGGUGAACUCUUAGAGAACAGAGGGUCCUCUCCUCAAAGCCAGAAUGGAUACUUAAUAAAUACUGACAUUAACACUAAUAGUCUCUUGAAGAAGAAAGGCUCUGGAGCCAGUAAAGGCCAGGUAUUAACUGUUGUUGCUAAGGAGGUAAAGGAUUUGGGAAGCCCUAAUGCAGUGUCUUCCCCCAAACUUAACAAGCAUUCUUAUUACCCUGCCAUGGAGGACAAUAAAUCUGCACAGGUGGUGAAAUCAGGCACUCCAAAAAGGUGCUCUAAGAUCCAGGCUCCACUGGCCUGCUCUGCUCAAGAGGAAUGUCCAAUUUCAGAGGUCCUCAGCCUGGGCUCCUCCUCUCAGAGUCAGGAUGAGGGAGGUCAGGUGGUCAGCGCUCAGUUCCUCCCUGCCCAGGACCAGUGUGUCAAACUUCGUAAGUGUGGUAGCAAGAGCAUAAAGAUUGUCAAAGUGAAAAACGCCAAGAGUGCCAAACCCAAGACCCAUACCACUGAGCCAGCUUCUGAAGCAGACCGCGAUAGGAAAUCCAAGAAAUCUCGAAUGACUGAAGACAUGACUCAUUCUCACAAAGCCUCCAAGAGGACCUCUUGUAAAUUGAGAAGGAUCCCAGUGUCGAUCCCUGAAGGACGCAUCCUGGAGAAGCACAGCCACAUGGGCAGGGCCUCUUCCCAAAAACACCACAGCCACCACAGACACCAUGACGCCGUGGUGGCCAAGCCAAAGUACAAGCGUAAUGACUAUCACCGACGCCUGCGGGGUGUAACAGAGGUGCCUUAUGAGCAGGCUUUCAGGCGGGCUUACCGCAGGCAGAAGAGGGAGAUGUUGGGUCAGAUAUCAGCCAUGUAUCUCCCAUCUAGCAGCCACUUAGCUAGCCCCUACUCCUACGUGGGCAGUGAUUCUGAGUAUUCUGCAGAAUGCGCUUCUCUUUUCCACUCCACCAUUCUAGACACUAGUGAAGAUGAACGCAGUAACUACACCACCAACUGCUUUGGGGACAGCGAGUCAAGUGCAAGUGAAGGAGACUUCGUGGCUGAGAGCAGCACUAGCAGCGACUCGGAGGACAGUGCAGGGGUCAACUGGCCCCAGUUUGGUCAGCCAUCUGCACGGUCUACCCUAAACCGUGAAAUGACCUCAGCACAGGCCAGGGCCUUCGUCAAAAUCAAAGCUUCCCACAACUUAAAGAAGAAGAUCUUGCGCUUCCGAUCAGGUUCUCUGAAGCUCAUGACCACAGUAUGAGAGCUUGAGUAGGAUUGUGUGUUGACUUGGGCUGCAGUCAAUCAAAUUGUCUGCUCUUAGCACUCACCCAAAUGAAGUGCCUAAGCAGAGUUCAGCCACACUGCUUAAAACCUGCCUGAGUCACAUUGAUGAGAUCUUUCACCAGGAGUGAAUUGAACUUACUCCACUGCACUUUCAUAAUCCCUUGAAACAAACAUUCAAGAUAUUGAAUAUCAUCUGAGUAGCUCCAUUGUGUCAUUUUCUGUAGCCAUAUUUAUUAUAAACCCAAUUUUGCUGUGAUGCAUCUACAUAGCAUAUGCUGUGUAAAUGUGAGCAAUGGACAUGGUUUAAUUUCGUAAGUAAAAUAUUUAAAAGUUAAUAUAUUUGGUUAGUCAUACUUGGAGUAGAACAGGGAGUACGAUUUCACUGAUGUGUUGUUUCUGAAGAGAAGCAGAAGUGAGGAGGAGGGACAGAUUGAGUCUGUCUGCAGAUUGUACAAUGAUAUCUGGACAAGUUCAUAUGCUGAUAAAACAGGGCAUCUGUUAUAUGAACAAUGAAUAUGCAUGAGCAACUAUGUUACUAUUUACCUUGUGGUUGAUGCCUAUUAGCUGUAAAUUGCAAUUUUUGUAAAUAGCAUGUUAGUGUUUGUAAUUACUGCAGUCUUUUUAUGCUUUAUUAAAUGUUGCAUUUAAAACUG